UUUUCGUUUCAUAUUGGGAUUGCUAUCAAGUGUAAAUCUAUUGAGAUCUCUUUCCCACCUGUUUAUCAACAGCGCCCUGCACUGCAGUAAAGCUUAGUGUAGUUUUUUUAAGCCAAGCAUAGUGGUCCUUUAAUGACAAACGGACAUUUUUGAACUACAUAUUCCAAUCAAUUCUAAGCGUUCUUUCUGUUGUUUUCGCCGGAGGUCUCUAAGACAGUUGAGCUUUGGCAAGCAGGCUAGCGUAGCGAGUUUGGUGCAGCCUCAUAUAUUCUGCGCGAAAUGGGAGUAUCAGAUUUGACUUUUGACACAACUGCUAUUCAAUCAACAGAGUGAAGGUCCAGUGCGGGACCUGUCAUUGCAGGGUCUGCAGAAACUGGAGCCCAGUUUCACCUGCUCUGAUGAAACACACACACUCAUUCUGGACCGGAACCACAUCAUGAAACUGGACCAUCUGGAGAGGAGCCGAGGCCUCCAACAGCUAUCAGUUGCUGGUAACCGCCUGGUGCGGAUGAUGGGUGUGUGUCGUCUAACCGAGCUGAGAGUUCUGAACCUGCCCAAUAACAGUAUUGGUUAUAUUGAAGGGCUGAGAGACCUGCCACACCUGGAGUGGCUCAACCUGUCAGGCAACAACAUCAAGGUCAUUGAGCAGCUCAACAGCUGUGUGGCUCUCCAACACUUGGACGUGUCUGACAACAACAUCUCCAACAUUGGAGAUCUUACCAAGCUGUUAGCCUUAAAGACCCUUCUCCUUCAUGGUAACAGCAUUACGACGCUACGGACUGUCCCCACUCAUUUGCCCGCCCAUCUGUCCAUCCUCUCCCUGGCAGAGAAUGAGAUCAGAGACCUCAACGAGGUCUCCUACCUGGCACCCCUCCAUGACCUGGAACAGCUCUCCAUUAUGAGUAACCCCUGCAUCAUGGCAACCCCCUCGUUGCCUGGAUACGACUACCGGCCGUACAUCAUGAGCUGGUGCCUGAACCUGAAGAUCCUGGACGGAUACUUGGUGUCACAGAAAGAAGGGUUGAAGGCGGAGUGGCUGUACAGCCAGGGCAAAGGUCGCUCGUACCGGCCAGGCCAGCACGUGCAACUGGUCCAGUACCUUGCCACCGUGUGCCCUUUGACCUCCACGUCAACCCUGGAGACGGCAGAGGAUGCCAAGCUGGAGAAGAUCCUCAGCAAGCAGAGGUUCCACCAGAGGCAACUCCAGCAGCAGACCCAAGGGGGUUCCCCCAGCCUCCCCGCCCACCCAGCUGGAUGUGAGACUCACAGCCCCUGUCAUGUCGCCCCACUAGGUGGAGCCAGAGAGGCAGACAGAGCCACAACGCCUGUGACUGCCUCACCAGCCAGACAGACAGAGCCAGCGAUCCUGCAGAUAAACACCUGGCUGGGCUGCGAAGCCUCCCAGGCGGGCGCACCACCUCUCCGUGGCCCCAGGGGUAUGGAGGACCGUCUCUACCUGGAGGACGUUCAGAGCCAGACAGACGAAGAUAAACUCACCGGCAGUCUGCUCUCCUCUGAGUCCACCUUUCUACCUGUCACCUCUGACCCCGCCCGCUCUGACAGCGAGGACGAAACUGAGACAUUUGAGCCUGACUCACUGGCGCCUGAACAUCCCAUCCGUCCCAAAAAGACCUUUCCUGAAAAGACCCAACACGCACCCUUGGAAAGGGAGAUGGAGAUGGAGGAGAAUAGAGUGAAGGAGGUAACGGGAGAAAGGGUGUCAGCUGACAGCCCACUCACCUGUACCUUAACCUCAACCGCCAGUCCACCUGUUACGGCAGGUGACCAAUCACAGACCAAUGACAGCGCUCCGCUCCAGGGAGCAUACUCAAACUGCGUUGCUGCAGAGGUGAGGGUGGGAUCUAAGCAGGAAGAGGAAGCGGUGUUGAGAUGUGAUAGGCUGGGCCGCUGUGAGGCGGACAGGGCAGCCGUCAGGAUCCAGGCAUGGUGGAGAGGAAUGUGGGCUCGGCGUAGCCACCCUCUGGCCAAAGAGGUCCGGUGUGAGAUCCGCCUGCGCAGGAUGCAGGAGCACAUAAUCUUCCUGUCUGGAGAGUUGGAGAGGGUGCGCAAGCACCACGAAGAGGAGAGGUUACAGAGACUGGUACAGGAGGAGGCUGUGAACUUUCUAUGGGGUCAGCUUCAGUACAUGCAGCAGUGGCAGCGUACUGUGGAGGCGCAGCUGGCCAGUGUGGCUCAGGCUGGGUCAUCUCCUGCUCCAGCUCUGACCCCCGGGCUCUGUGGCCCUCCAGCUCUUCGGCUCCCCCUGCCUGUGGCCUUCAGCACUGCAGACGCGGCCUGCACAGACCUCUCCUUCCCGGACUCGGGCUUCCAGUUCACAGGUGAACAGCAGGCGCGGCAGGAAGACACCUUCCUGAGCUGUGGGACGGGCGACUCUAUGGAGACUGUGCGGGCGCUGGCCUUGGGGGGGUCCCUGGCUCCUGGUGGUGGGGGGGACAGUCAGGACUGCAGUCUGCUGGAGCAGUACCUGUCCUCUGUGCAACAGAGAGAGGCYGAGGAGGGGGGUGCCAGCGACAGAACAGGCACACCACAGCCCCCCUCACCCCUCUCACCGGCCGAAAUGGAACAGCCUGACUCCAACACUCAGAACAACGCCCAGAAUGAAGACACAGAGCAGCAACACACACUGGGAGGUCCAAUCUGAAGUGCCUGUCCCUCUCCUGGUCUUCUGGGAUUAGCUAAGAGACUGCCCAUAAUCUCAGUCCACCUGUGCUGAUGAAUGUUAUUGAUGGCUCUAACAGCGCCUCUAAGAACUUACUGACUCACAUCCAUAUAACGAGUGGUAUAUGGACUCAAGGAUGUGGAUAUGUUUGUAUAGCCCGGAUGAUUUUUCUCCCUUUAAUUCUCUUGGACAAUGCUACGUUGUUCAUUGUCAUGAUCUGUCAGUCAGUUUGGCUAAUGCUUGCUUCACUUACGUUGGGGAGACGCGGGAAUGGCAGUUCCAACUCCCGGCACCCCUGGUUUUUCCCCACGCGGCCGACACGCAAUCUUAUAUUGCUGCAAUUUUAAUGGUCAUCCGCGGUGUGUCCCGAUGUUAAGGGAUUGCACAGCGGAAGACAAGAAUCUCCAGGAUUAUCAGAUAGAACUAGAAUUCACAUAUAUAAGUGCUGCUACUCGGUCGUCUCAAAUCUCCUCAAUGUCAAUCUACCUUUAAGUAGAAACAGAUUGGCUACAGUUCAGGCUKGACAGCUUGGCUCCAAAUGUAAUUCCAAUUUCUCCUGUAUUUAAAUGCCUCAAUCUAUCCUUGUAUUCCUGCAMGUGAGUGAGAGGACCAGGUCUGGACUAGAUGAUUUGGCGUGAGUGUAAAUAUCACAGCUUGCUGAGAAGGUAGUUUAGUUGCUGAGAAUGGUUUGUACUAGACACUGAAAUGUAUCUCCAGGUUAAAUGCAAAUUGUAAAAAAGAUUUGAAAAAAUCUGGUGCUCUAUGUUUACACAAUAAAAUGUUUUCUUUAACAUUG